GGCGAUGAUUGCAGAGCAGCCGUGGAUGCGGCGACGUCGUGGUGGUGGCGGCUGUUGUUAACGCGUGAACUUAUUCCGCUGCCGUUGCCUGGUAAGCAGGCCAGCCAGUGGGAUGUGCUGAUGCUGCUGAUGAUGCUGAAGCUGCAGCUGCUGCUGGUGAUGAUGAUGAGCAUCAGCAUCGCAGCUGCAAGGACGGGAGCAGCAGCAGCACAGCGCAGCGGCACACAGCCGCGAGCAGCGAGCCAGGGAGAGGUCUGAGAGCGAGGGGAGUGGAGAGAAGAAGAGGGGGCUAGAGACAGCGGCAGACGAGGUGGAGAAAGGCGAGCGAGAGGAGGAGGAGGAGAGAGAGAGAGACGGUGAUUCCUGAGGAUCGAGCAGACACGGAGAGCAAGAGAGAGGCAGGGGAAGCGGAAACACUGUAUAGGUAGAGCUGAGAGGGGGAGAGAGGCAGGCGAGAGGCGGAGAGAGAGAGAGAGAGCCGGGGAGAGAGCGGGGAGAGAGCGCGGGCAGCAUGUCUGGGUCUACAGGCGGAGAUCUGUGCUCGCCCUCGUGGAAGAAGCAGACGGAGGACAUCACGGCUACGUACGAGCUGCGAGAAGUGCUGGGCACGGGCGCGUUCUCGGAGGUGGUGUUGGCGCAGGAGAAGGCGUCGGGUCGUCUCUUCGCCGUCAAGUGCAUCACGAAGCAGGCGCUGCGCGGCAAGGAGAGCAGCAUCGAGAACGAGAUCGCCGUGCUGCACAAGCUCAAGCAUGAGAACAUCGUCUCCCUGGAGGACAUUUACGAGAGCAAGACGCAUCUCUACCUCGUCAUGCAGCUGGUCUCCGGAGGGGAGCUGUUUGACCGCAUCGUGGAGAAGGGCUUCUACACGGAGAAGGACGCCAGCGCCUUGAUCCGGCAAGUCCUGGACGCCGUGCGCUACCUGCACCAGAUGGACGUUGUCCACCGUGACCUCAAGCCGGAGAACCUGCUGUACGACAGCCCCGAUCCCGACUCCAAGAUCAUGAUCAGCGACUUCGGCCUCUCCAAGAUCCAGAUCGGCGGCGACGUCAUGUCCACGGCGUGCGGCACGCCGGGAUACGUGGCCCCAGAGAUCCUGGCACAGAAGCCGUACGGGAAGGAGGUGGACUGCUGGUCCAUCGGGGUCAUCUCCUACAUACUGCUGUGCGGAUACCCGCCCUUCUACGAUGAGAACGACGCGACGCUGUUCGAGCAGAUCCUGAAGGCCGAGUACGAGUUCGACUCCCCGUACUGGGACGACAUCUCCGACUCAGCGAAAGACUUCAUUCAGCACUUGAUGGAGAAGGAGCCGGUCAAGAGGUACACCUGCAGCCAGGCCCUGGAACACCCGUGGAUCGCCGGCGACACGGCCCUGGACAGGAACAUUCACGAGUCCGUGAGCGAGCAGAUCAAGAAGAACUUUGCCAAGAGCAAAUGGAAGCAAGCCUUCAACGCCACGGCGGUGGUGCGGCACAUGCGGAAGCUGCAACUGGGCUGCAGCCAGGACGGGCCGGCGCAGGCGGUGGUCCCCCCCGCGGUGCCCUUCAACGGUAGCACGCUGCACCCCGCCUGCUCCAGCAAAGGCAGCUCCAGCUCGGCGUCUCUUUCCACGUCCGAGGACGCCAUGUCGAGCUCCCCCACGCCGUCGCCGACCUUCACGGGGCCUUCUCUCAAGCCGCCGCCCGGCGCGCGCCCCACGGCCGUGCAGGAAUGAGGGGCCUUUGCGUGGCCCCUCGUGCGAGGGCCCCUGGCUUGCGGGGCCUCACGUUGCAUGCUGCUGCUGCUGCUGCUGUUUUUUGUGUGUGGGGGGCCUUCACGCGGGACCUCGCUUUGGGCCUUCGCGCCAUAUCUUGACGGUGUCAACGUUAAUGUGGGCCUUCCUCAUGCCCCGGUUGCGGUGUUUUCCCCUUCGGCUGAUGCCGGCGGUCUCGUGGUCUGGGCCUUCACGUGAUGUCUUUCCUUGAGCUUCGUAGGAAGCUUCCCGCAGGACCUUCCUCUAGAACUACCGUGUGUAAACCUCGUCAUCUAGGAUCUUCACGUGGACCUCCGUGCAGGACCUGCGUGGUGGGCGAUCGUAGUGGGCACGCCUUUGAUCUCGCGGGGAGGCCCGGGUGGCACAGGCAGCCAGCAAGCGCCAGCGCUGCCGUUGGAGCGCAGGCGCAGUGGAGGCAUCGGAGAGUUCCUGGGCCCCAGAGUCCCGCGCGAGUUUAGCUUCAGGAUCUCCGGUGCAGCCGGUACGAAGGUCCCGGCACGGUCACCGACGAAGGCACUUGAACAAAACAAAGCCAUUGUUGCGGUUCUGGGUUCGCGCUUGAGUUUGGCCCGGCUGAUCUCCGGGGGAUCAUUUGUAAAUAUGGGACGUGACGAUAACAGGCGCAGGGCAAACCACAAAAUGGGUCACCACAGUUGGCAGAAGGGCGAGGUAGACUCUCCGAGGGAUGACGGGCAGAUUAUUGUGAUAUCUCUCAGAGUUUCAAUACAAAAUUAAACACUCUCACCGUAACCUCCUUUUCCACUGGCACUUUGGAGCCGUGCCAAGCACAGGGAGGGUCCUCGCGGUACGAUUGGUUGUGCACUGGGGGCUAUACGCGCUCGGCCGGAGCCAAACCCUGAAACUCUGACCUCGCAAGACAUCCGAAUCAGCUCGGAGCCAAGCAGGGCCAGGUUUGGGGUCGUUCUCGGCGCACCGGCUUCGCGGCAGCGCGCGUGUCCCGGGCGCGACGGCCCCGACAGCACGGGGGGACCUCGGAUUGUGCGGCCGCCCUUCACGAUAGCGCGGCGCCGCUGUGAAAGCCGGUGGCCAAGUCGAGAGCCAAUUUUUAUUUUUCAAACCCCCCCCCCCACCCACCACCCAUACCACCCACCCGCCAAAAACUUAGACUACAACAUUUCAUCGUGCGGCAGUGAUCGAGAGGCUGAUAGAGAACGUGAUGGUCAGCAGCGGACGGGUGUCCGAUGUAGAUUGGUCCCCCGCCACGGGAAUGUGGAGUUUCCACCAUCGGCUCAGGGUGGAGAUUAGCGUCACCGCGAUGCUCGCUUGACUGUGACAUCAUCGCAUUGCGGACCAUGCGUGUGUGUGCGUGGGUGUGCAUGUGUGAGUGUGUGGAUGUGUGUGUGUGUGUGUGCAUGUGUGCGUGCGUGUGUGCAUGUGUGAGUGUGUGUGCAUGUGUGAGUGUGUGGAUGUGUGUGUGUGUGGAUGUGUGAGUGUGUGUGCGUGUGUGUGUGAGUGCGUGUGUGUGCGAGUGCGUGUGUGUGCGAGUGCGUGUGUGUGCGAGUAUGAGUGUGUGUGUGCGUGUGCAUGUGUGCAUAUGUGUGCGUGAGUGUGUGUGUGGAUGUUUCGCGUGUGCUUGUGUGCAUGUGUGCAUGUGUGCAUGUGUGUGUGCGUGUGUGCGUGCGUGUGAGUGUUUGUGUGCGUGUGAGUGUGUGCGCGUGUGUGUGCGUGUGUGUGUGCAUGCGUGUGUGUGUGCAUGCGUGCGUGUGUGUGCGUGGAUGUGCAUGUGUGUGAGUGUGUGUGCAUGUGUGCGUGUGUGAGUGUGUCUUUGUGCAUGUGUGAAUGUGUGUGUUUGUGAGUGUAAGUGUGUGUGUGUGUGUGCGUGUGUGUGAGUGUGUGCAUGUGUGUGCAUGCGUGCGUGUGAGUGGGGAGCGGUAGUGUAGCGGUUAGCGCGCUGCGCUAUGAACCUGGCGACCCGGGUUCGAUUCCCGCUCACGGCUAACACCAGUGACGAUUAUCUGAACCGGUCCUGGGCCUCCCCUAGGUCGACUCAGCCUUAAAUGAGUACCUGGUGCGGUGUGUAAACAUCGCCACCAGGGAGACAAAGGCGGUCGGGCGUGGUGCUGGCCACCCACCCCCUCGUGUACCGUCCCGGCCUUCAUAGGUGCUCGCUAACAGCACUUGCCCCUACAGUCUGUUCAGGCUAUACGGGGGAUCUUUGUGUGUGCAUGUGUACAUGUGUGUGUGCGUGUGUGUGUGGGUGUGUGCGCGUGUGUGUAUGUGUGCGUGUCUUUGUGCAUGUGUGUGUGUGCCUUUGUGUGUCUUUGUGCGUGUGUGUGAGUGCGUGUGUGUGUGGAUGUGUGUGAGUGCGUGUGUGUGUGGAUGUGUGUGUGUGCGUGUGUGUGCGUGUAUGUGUGUGUGUCUUUGUGCGUGUAUGAGUGAGUGUGUGUGUAAGGCAGUCUGGUAAAUGUGCGCACGGAUUGGCGCUGUCCCCGCUGUGAGCGGCCACGUGGCCCUCGCCUCCUUGAGGCGUCUCCUCGCCGCGUCGGAGCGGCGAGGCGGAUUGUUCCCAAUUAAUGAGAAGAAUGCGAACAUCGCGCCGAGGUAGGAAGCGUUCGCGUGAUCCGUGCAAAAUGUUUCUUUUUGGAUCGAUCUGAAAAUGUAGUCACCGCAAGAAGCGAUGGAAAUUUCCGGUCGCGUCGCUUCUUUUUCCCGCCAAAAGUGCCGUCGCGUAACGACACUUUGGACGGUGCGUGACGUCACUUGAUAUAACAUUGAAGUAUAACAAUGUCUGCGUUCACAGUUGUACGUUUUACCGAUGAAACUUGCAUGUAAAAAAAAAAAUCGUACGGAUAUUUUAAAUCGUCGAAACGAUUACAUUUGGUGUACACGCAAUGGAAGUUAUUCACGUAGUAUUACAUUUACAUUUGAAAAUAUUUAAUAAAAUUUGAAAUUGGGCGUAAACAUUGCAAAAAAAAUCUGACAUCCAGAAAUAUGUGAUAUGCCGCUGGACGGAGCCUUCGUUUGUUCGGGACAUUGCAGCGAUGUCACUCAAAUCCCUUGGGAAUGUGUCGUCACGCUGAACUGGGGCGGCAACGCGGUUCGAACCCAGCGGCUGCCCCGGUUAAUCCUGUCGCCAACGAAAUCAAGAAUUGCCAGAGCGCCUGCCGAACUCACAGUCGGAAAGCUGUGGCUUCAAAUUCCCGGUCAGGUGUCAACUCAGCCCGUCGUCACGUUUGAAGGGUCGAUAAAUGAAGUACCACUUUGUGGAUGAGCAGAAAUUAGGGGCC